UGUUAUCUAACUUAAUCCUUAUAAUGCAGAGCCCAGAUGAGAUCAUAGAGAAAUCACUUCAACAUCGUGAUGGUUCUAUUGUUUGUGAAGAUUUCGUUAGCCUGGCACAGACAUGGCUUAAUAAAUUAAAGUGGUCACACUUAUUAGGUGGAAUUUUCAGUGAGACAAACCAAAGUGAGUUAGCAGCUUUCACCUCAUAUGCACUCGCAUUUCCUGGAAACUUUUUGGCACUUGUAGACACUUAUGAUGUCAUGAGAAGUGGUAUUCCAAAUUUUUGUGCAGUUGCCCUUGCACUUAAUGAUUUGGGGUAUAAAGCUGUGGGCAUUCGACUAGACUCUGGUGAUCUUGCUUAUCAAUCAUGUGAAGCUAGGAAAUUCUUUCGUGCUAUUGAGAAAGAAUUUGGAUUGCCUGGUUUUGGAAAGAUGAAUAUCACAGCUAGCAAUGACCUUAAUGAGGAAACUCUGGAUGCACUAAAUAAACAAGGUCAUGAGGUUGAUGCAUUUGGUAUUGGAACUCAUUUGGUUACCUGCUAUGCUCAAGCUGCUCUUGGUGUUGUUUUCAAGUUAGUUGAAAUAAACAAUCAGCCUAGAAUCAAACUUUCUGAAGAUGUAUCAAAGGUCUCUAUUCCAUGCAAAAAGCGGUGUUAUAGAUUGUAUGGGAAGGAAGGAUACGCCCUUGUAGACAUAAUGACUGGCGAAAAUGAGCCACAGCCUAAGGUAGGUGAACGAAUUUUGUGCCGCCACCCGUUUAGUGAAUCUAAAAGGGCAUAUGUGGUGCCCCAGCGUGUUGAGGAGCUUUUAAAGUGCUUUUGGUCUGGAAAUUCAGAUAAAACAAGAGAAGAUCUUCCUCCGUUGAAGGAGAUCAGGGAAAGAUGUAUUGAACAACUGGAUAAAAUGCGACCAGAUCACAUGAGAAGGCUGAACCCAACACCAUAUAAGGUCAGUGUAAGUGCAAAGUUGUAUGAUUUCAUCCAUUUCCUAUGGCUCAAUGAAGCACCUGUAGGCGAGUUGCAGUGACCAUGAAUGAAUAGUUUGAGGACUUAAACUGGAACAUCCGUUGGUUGAAAAGAGUCUUUCUAGGUUUUCCGCAAUGUGUAUCUUUUUUCUCAUGUAGUCUAAAAUUUUACAUAAUGAAACCAACCGAAGGAAAGUACUUUUGCUUCUUUUUGUUUCUGAUGCUGUUACGAGUCAAAUGUAUAAGAUUUCUUGGAAAUUUGUAAAAGUCAAUAAAAGUGCGGUUGUUUUUCUUCCGCUUGCUUCUUUCUGCCA